AUCUGAUAAAAGUCUGGAAUUCUACUGCGCACAUCAUCAUGACUAGCAAAAUCACUUUCGUUUUCCACGUGUGUCAAUACAGCUGUGCUGUCAAACUUAUCCCGAACUUUGCACCUCUCCUGCCAUAUACAUAAAGGCCAGAAAUGUCUGCCGAAGGGUUCAAAGAGCAAGAUCCUACAUUUGCAACCAGAGCUAUUCAUGAUGCACAAGAUCCUGAACAAUGGGAUGCCAUGCCAGUUGUUCUCCCAAUUUCUCUGGCCACCACUUUCAAACAGGAUGCCCCUGCUGAAUUCAGGAGUUAUGAAUAUGGUCGAAGUGGAAACCCAACUAGAACUACCUUUGAAAAAGUGCUAGCUUCUCUUGAAGGAGCUAAACAUGGAUUGACUUUUGCCUCCGGUCUGGCUGCUUCAACCACUAUUGUUCACCUUCUCAGUGCAGGAGACCAUAUUGUCUCGAUGGAUGAUUUGUAUGGAGGAACUAAUCGUUACCUAAGGAAAGUUGCUGACCGCAUGAAUAUCAAAACCACUUUUGUUGAUGCUACUAAUCCUGAGAAUGUUGAAAAAGCGAUUCAAGAAAACACCAAGCUGGUGUGGGUGGAGACUCCCACAAAUCCCACUAUGAAGCUAGUGGAUAUUGCAGCAGUUGCUGAGAUUGUUCACAAGAGAGAAAAUAUUCUUUUGGUUGUGGACAAUACUUUCCUUUCCUCCUAUUUCCAGCGACCAUUGGAGUUAGGAGCUGAUAUUGUUAUGCACUCGUUAACCAAAUACAUGAAUGGCCAUUCGGAUGUAAUUAUGGGUGCAGCGAUGACGAAUGACGAUGACGUUCAUACUCGCCUUCGCUUCCUCCAGAACGCUAUUGGACCUGUUCCGUCGCCUUUCGAUUGUUUCUUGGUCAACCGCAGUUUGAAAACUUUGCACCUUCGAAUGCGGGAGCACAUGAAAAACGGCCUCGCCGUUGCUCGCUACCUGGAAAACCAUCCCUGCGUUGAACGCGUCAUCCACCCAGGACUUCCCUCGCAUCCGCAGCAUGAACUUGCCAAGCGACAGUGUUACGGUCAUAGUGGAAUGAUCACCAUCUACAUCAAGGGAGGACUGUCCGAGUCCCGCGCUUUCUUCAAGGCACUAAAAGUUUUCACCUUGGCUGAAAGCUUGGGAGGAUACGAGAGUUUAGCAGAACUGCCGGCGCUGAUGACUCACGCCUCGGUCUGUGCUGAGGAAAGGGCCACUUUAGGCAUCACGGAUAACUUGAUAAGGUUAUCUGUCGGUCUGGAAGAUGUCGGUGAUCUGAUCGCAGAUUUGGACCAGGCAUUGAAAGGCGCGGUUGCCUGAAAAAGAGGGACCACCGGGAACGCUUUAAAAGUCCGGUUAUUUGUUGUGGUUCUUUAAUGAAGCGUUUCCCAAUGAGAAAUACCCAGUGUACGUUUGGCUUUAUUUCUACCCCGAAAGCCCAUCGUAAUACACGCAAGAAACAUA